GAAAACUCCUUUGAUGAACUACUCAAGCUUGCCGAUCAGGGCGACCACCGGCAAGUAGAUAUGCUUGUUCGCGAUAUCUACGGCAUGGGCUACGAGCGACUUGGCCUUGGUGGGGAUGUCAUCGCUAGCUCAUUUGGUCUGGCUGCGCGUAGGCCCAAUGAGAACAGGAAGCCGGCUGAUAUGGUCAAAUCCCUUCUCAUCACAGUUAGCAAGUGA